UGAAGCAUUUUGGUAUUAUAAGUAACUAAAGAAGGGUAAUUUUGUGAACAGAAAUAGUUUAUAUAUAUACUCACACGCAACUAAAUCAUCCUCUCUAAGCAACUUCUCACCAAAAUCCCCUGCUGUGAUAGCUCCCAAUUUUCCUUUCAGCCUCCAUUAAUGGACCUCGAGGCUAUACUUACCCUCUUCGAUUCAUGUUGGUUCAAUCUUGAAAUCCUUAAAAAACAUUUAAAUCCAACACAGAAAAACCCAGAUGACAAAAUUCAAGAAAAUUCACCUGAAAUUGUAUUAGAUUCAACAAAAUUAGAAAUCCAAAUGGAGUCGCAAAGCGAAGAUUUGAGCUACAAUUCAGAUUCUUUCUCCCCGGAUUCAGUUCUCCCAGCAACCCAUUUUAAACCGGAUACUAAAAAGGCAGUACCGAAAAAAGUAAAGGGUAGAAGAAGGGAAUUAAGGAGAAGAACAAAAAAGGGUCUUAGCAAGAGCUUAUCGGAGCUAGAAUAUGAAGAGCUAAAAGGGUUUAUGGAUCUUGGAUUUGAAUUCUCAGAAGAAGAUGUAAAUUCAAGUUUGGUUGAAAUUAUUCCAGGUUUACAGAAAUUACGCAAAAACAGGGAUAGUGAUGAUCAUCAACAAAAUGUGAAUUUUUAUGAGAAAUCUGAACAGUCAAGAGCGAGACCUUAUCUUUCUGAAGCAUGGGGAGUUAUUGAAAAGAAAAAGAAAACGAAUCCAUUGAUGAAUUGGAAAGUACCAGAAACAAGCAAUGAAAUUGACAUUAAACAUAGUCUCAAAUGGUGGGCUCAUACUGUUGCUUCCUCUGUUAAACAACAGAUCAUAAGCUAAAAUUAAAAUCCUACUUAUUUCCUUCUUUUUUUUCUUCUUUAAUAACAACGACAACAUAUUCCGUGGAAUCUAGAGAGGGUAUGUCUACAUAGACCUUUUUUUUAGCUUCUUGACUCACAUUGUUGAGCUUGAAGUUGCAAUCGAAAAGCAAAUUCCUUCUGUUCUAAAGAAAAUAAUUUGUAUAUUGGUAGUUGGUUUUUGGAAUUUGCAUUGAACUAUUGAUGCAAGUGGUAAUGUGGAUAAAAAUUGAUGUCAGAUAUGUGUCAAGAAAUGGAAAAGAAUGAGUCCAUCUUUAAUAGUGUAUAUAUUGUAGUAUUAUAUUUCCUCAAGGAAAUCAAUCUGCAGGCAAAGGCCAAAUCGGAAUGAGUCAAAAAUAUCUUUAUUUUGUUCCAUAUACUUCGUUGACAC